GUGCCAAUAGCCUAUACACGGACAGGCAAACGCAAGGCGUAUGGAUGCAGUAGUGGAGAGCCAGACAGACAUUCGCUGUUGUAGAAUGGUACAUGGGACUGAUUAUUGAAUUAAGUUGAGUGGCUAGCUGGGCGCACCCAUAUUUUAAUGACUUCAAGAACUAAUGGCUGAAUACAUCACUCGCCUGCCAUGAGACCAUCCUAAAAGCACAACUUUAUCGAAAACACAACUCUAUCGACAUAUCCUAUGAAAAAUGGGUUCCCUAUCUAUGUGUGUACGCCAUUCAGGGGGUGUGGUGUGAACUCACUCGCUCCCGGUCACGCUGGUGUGUGUGUGUGUGGUGAGUGGAGCUCGCGCAGCACAGAGAAAGCGCACUCAAAGCUCGCGCAGGCACCGGAAAGUGGGGAUAUAGUGCGCGGCGGCAUGGCUUCGUCUCACGGGAAAAACGAACACCGGUUCGCCGACUGGAUGGCGAAUUUACCGGAGAGCAUGCACAGCAUCCCGCUUACCAACCUGGCCAUUCCAGGUUCCCAUGACUCCUUCAGUUUCUACAUAGACGAGUCCUCUCCGGUGGGUCCUGAGCAGACUGACGCUGUCCAGAACUUUGUGUCUGUCUUUGGCACGGUGGCCAAGAAGCUGAUGCGUAAAUGGCUGGCCACUCAGACUAUGAACUUCUCCAGCCAGCUGGAGGCCGGCGUCCGCUUCUUUGACCUGCGCAUUUCCACCAAGCCCCGGGACCCAGACAAUGAACUCUUCUUCGCUCAUGGCCUCUUCAGCGCCACGGUGAGAGAAGGUCUGGAGCAGAUCAGCUCCUUCCUGUCGGCCCAUGCCAGAGAGGUUGUGUUCCUGGACUUUAACCACUUCUACGGGGUUCAGAACCUGCACCAUGAGAAGUUGGUCUCAAUGCUGAGAGACGUGUUCGGGGAGAAACUCGCCCCCGUCGUCUUCGCUCAGGAGGUGAGUCUCCAGUACAUGUGGGAGAAAGAGUACCAGGUAUUGGUGUUCUACCACAGUCCUAUGGCCCUGGAAGUGCCAUUUCUAUGGCCUGGUCAGAUGAUGCCUGCUCCCUGGGCCAACACCACUGACCCUGAAAAGCUGAUCCAGUUCCUCCAGGCCUCUGUGGCUGACCGCAGGAGGAAGGGAACAUUCUUUGUCUCCCAAGUGGUCCUGACACCUAAGGCCAGCACUGUCAUGAAAGGAGUCGCUAGCGGACUGAGGGAGACCAUUACAGAGAGGGCUCUUCCAAGUAUGAUGCUGUGGAUCCGGGCCCAGAGGCCAGGAGAGAGCGGCAUCAACAUCAUCACAGCUGACUUCGUGGAGCUGGGAGACUUCAUCAGYGCUGUCAUCACGCUCAACUAUCAUAUGGAUGAUGAGGAGGAAAACGCCACCUGAGACUGAAAGACAGGGGGUGCCAAAGAGUUAAGUCCUCAGCUCAGUCUCACUUUCUCUUUGGUGUUCAUUUUCAGGAGAGGCGUUCCUCUGACUUAUUAUAUAGGGCUAUCAGAGUUUACAGAGGAAGAGAGAGAGAGGGAGGGAGAGAGAGAGAGGAGGGAGAAGGAGACAUUAAGAUAGGAGGAGAAAGGAAGGUGGAGGUGGAGAUAGGGAGGAUGGACUUUGGCGCUCGUUUAGAGCGCCGAAAGUGAAUGAGAAAUGUUUGGUUUUUAUCUGUUUUGGGGGUCAAAAGGGCAAUUGGUUUUUAACGACGCUUCGCUUGGCUUCGCUUCAAAUCUGCUGUAACGAUAACUGCUUCUAUCCUCCAAUCACACAAGCUUGUGUUUCUGGCAUUUCCAUUUCUUGUGAGGCUUAGGCUAGCUUAUUAGCAUAUUCUACAGACAUAAAUGUUGUUCGUAUUUUAGUGACAGUGACGGCCAACCUACAUCAAAACUCAUUUUCAUUGGUGCCAGUAAUACAUCUGAUUGUCGUCAACCUGAUUAGCAUGUCAACUACUCACCCAUGGCUGUAGAACUUACUUUAUGAUGGAUGGAUGGAUUGGUUGAUUGAUUGGUGGAUGGAGCUUCCCAAAUAGUUAUUAUAGUUUUUCGGAUCUCUUUCUACAUUUACUGAUUAUUUUGUCUCUGUAUCAGUCCUGUCACCACAAUGCGUAAAUUGAUAACUUCUCCUUGCAGUGCGUUGAUUUAGCUCCUAGACCACCUGUAACAGCACUUUCCCUAUGUGACAGAUUGCCAGACCGAUUGAUAUUUGUGUGUCUUUUGAUUGAUUGCCUCGCUCGAGUGCCCUCUGUAGCGUAUUGUAGAUCAGUGUUUCCCAACCCUGGUCCUCAAGCUCCCCCAACAGUGCACAUUUGUAUUGUAACCCUGGACAAGCACACCUGAUUCAACUUGUCAACUAAUCAUCAAGUCCUCAAUGAGUUGAAUGAGGUG